AUGUCGUCUCGUCUCCGGAUCAGUUCUACUGUGAUGUCUCGGCGGCAACCAAAUCAGGCCACCGUGUUCAACGACUGCGACAACAUCGAGCGCCAGAUGCAAGAGGACGAGCACAAAAUCUGGGGCUGGGUCGUCUAUCGAAGCGAUUACUCUAGCGAAGAAGACUGGCAGGAAUUCCUUCAGCGACUUCGCCAUGUCUGGAUUACCACGUCUUUGAAGAUCAAGACCUUUUUAACAGCUACUAUUCGCGAGCAUUUUCGUGUCUGGGCUGCGACUGCAUCAGAGCAAGAACAAGGUGCAGGACCUGCACGUUCUCAGCGCUAUCAAUUCUGCAUUCAAGUGGAUAGCGAUGCCCUGCAUUCAGUCGUCCAUAACCCCCUGUCACCGGGGGACUCAGGGUAUCGGAACAACAGGGGCUGGGUGAAGCUCAUUUGGAAAGAUUGGGAACCAGCAGCCGACGAUGCGAUGGAGUGGCGCGACGAACAACCAGUCGAGGGCAUUGCUCUAAAUGACGUGGGUUGGUGCCGAGCGACAUAUGAGUACAUCAUGCCUACCAUGUACGCCAUGAUACGGAGCCGGAACGAUUGGUAUAGAGAGUAUCGUCGACCGCCCAAGGUCAUACAUGGUUGA